AUGCCUUCUAAGGCACUUGGGUGUGCCCAAGAGGGGUGGAUGUUGGGAUUUCCGCUGAGCUAUCUCGAAGUUUUGAAGCAGAAUUGCGAGAAGAUAGGGAGACCACUUAUCAUCGACGAGGCUCAGAAUGUGCUUGGGAAAGCUGGCGAUUUUUUCUCUUUCACGCAUCAUACUGAGGAUGGAGGCGUGGUGCCUGAUACUCUAACUUUGAGCAAGACGAUGGGGAACGGUCUGCCACUCAGUUAUGUCCUGACGUCGAACAAGAUCGCCAGGCAUGCUGAAGAGAAUGGUUUUCUACUCUACAAUACGCAUAUCAACUAUCCGUGUCCUGCAGCUGUCAACGAUAACGUGUUUGGAAAAGUGUUUAGAGAGGAUCUCUGUGUUCGGUGCAAGCGGCUCGGUGUCAAACUUCCAGCCGGACUCAAAAAGUUCCAAUCUCGCUACGGGUGUAUUGGAGAUAAUCUUGAUCGCGGUCUCACAACUGGUGUGGAGAUUGUGAGUGAUGGGAAUACGAAGGCUGGUCAAAAGAUGGAGAAAAUGGGUUUGUGGGCGCAGUUGGCGACAAUGGCGUCGCUUGGUGGUGUUUUCAGAAUUGCACACCCGAUUACUGUUAUGGAAGAGGAGUUGCAUGUUGCAUUGGGAAUCAUUGAGGAGGCGCUGAGGAUGACUCCUGGUACGAUGCCGUUGUAUGUAAUAGAUGAGGCAGCGAUAGAUGGCCAGCCUAUUGUGAAGUCAAACAUCUAA